UGGCGGAAAGGAGGAGUUCGUCUAGAUUUGUCCGCUUGCUGGUGGACUUCAGGAGUCGCAGUUUCUGAACUCCUAGCCUCAGAGACCGCCGCUCUUGUUCCCAAGGGCCAUGGGCCGGGUCUCAGGGCUUGUGCCCUCUCGCUUCCUGACGCUUCUGGCGCAUCUGGUGGUCGUCAUCACCUUAUUCUGGUCCCGGGACAGCAACAUUCAGGCCUGCCUGCCUCUCAGGUUCACCCCCGAGGAGUAUGACAAGCAGGACAUUCAUCCUCUUCCUCUCUGCAGGCUGGUGGCCGCGCUUUCUGUCACCCUGGGCCUCUUUGCAGUGGAGCUGGCCGGUUUCCUCUCAGGAGUCUCCAUGUUCAACAGCACCCAGAGCCUCAUCUCCAUUGGGGCUCACUGCAGUGCAUCCGUGGCCCUGUCCUUCUUCGUAUUCGAGAGUUGGGAGUGCACUACGUAUUGGUACAUUUUUGUCUUCUGCAGUGCCCUUCCAGCUGUCACUGAAAUGACUUUAUUCGUCACCGUCUUUGGGCUGAAAAAGAAACCUUUCUGAGCACUUUCAUGACAGGAACCUAAGGACGAAGGCUACAGGGGCAAGGGCCGCUUCGUAUUCCUGGAAGAAGGAAGGCAUAGGCCUCGGUCCUCCCCUCGGAAACUGCUUCUGCUGGAGGAUAUGUGUUGGAAUAAUUACGUCUUGAGUCUGGGAUUAUCCGCAUUGUAUUUAGUGCUUGGUAAUAAAAUAUGUUUUGUAGUAAGAUUAAGACAUAUACAGUUUUCAGGGCACAAUUGAGAUGGCGAAACUACUGAAGAAAAAAAAAGAAGCAACGUUGUUUUCUAGUCCUGCAGACCGUAAGAUACUUGGUAUCGCUUCUAUUUUGGUUAUUACGGUAGGUGUCUGGCGGAAGGGGGUGGGCGGAGAUAUGUAAAUAGAAAGUGCUUACAGUUAGAACGUCCAGCACGUAAAUGAUCGGAGCAUUCUGGGAAAAAAUGAUUUAUUCCUUUUAGGCAGCCGCAU